AGUUUCCUUUAAUUGUUUGGGAUUUAACAAAAUCUGCUUUCCACAGAACUCAGACUCUGGAGUUUAAGAACGAUUACGCUCUUCCUCAGCGCCCCGUGAACAAUAUCGGACAAGAUAAGUCACAGCGAGAGGAACAAGAUGAUCAGAGUCUAUAGACCUACUGCACCUACACACCAACCGCCUCCGCUAGACUUCACCCCUGCACACGCUGUGUACAACAAGAAGGGUUCGGGGGUUGCUGUUCAUCUGUACUCCAGAUUUAUGGACUCACGUACAGUGUUUGUUUUAUUAUGGAUGUUGCUAUUGUCCACCUCCACUGGAAUCAAACUAGAUGGAAAUGGUUAUGUUGACAUUGUCAUUGCAAUCAGUUCAAAAAUACCACAGGAUAACAGACUUAUUGAUGAAAUCAAGGAGAUGGUCACUGAGGGGUCUUUUCACCUUUAUGAUGCAUUGUAUAAAAAGGUCUAUUUCAGAGAAGCUACAAUACUAGUCCCACCUCAUUGGAAUGGUACAAACUUUACCAAAGCAAGAACAGAGACCUUUGGAAAGGCCAAAAUAAGAAUUGAUAAUGCUAAUCCAGCAUACGGUGUUGAACCAUAUACUUAUCAAUAUGGAGAAUGUGGAGCUGAGGGAGAGUUCAUUCAUUUCACUCCAGAAUACCUUCUGAAUGAUACAUUAAUUGAGCUUUGUGGAUCAAGAGGAAGAAUCUUUGUGCAUGAAUGGGCUCAUCUGAGAUGGGGUGUGUAUGAUGAAUGCAAUGACCGUAUAGAAGCUACAAGGUGUAGCAACAACAUUAAAGGUCAGUUUCAUGGAGUUACUGCUGGACAAGCUCUUCAAAAGUGCUGCAUUGCUACACAAACUUCACUACCUACUAAGGGGUGUAUGUUUUUUCUGGACAGAAAUCAAAUCACAAACAGCUCCAUUAUGUUCUCAGAGGGUCUGAAUAAUGUGACUGCAUUUUGUCAAGAAAAUGGGCACUAUUAUGAAACUCCAAACAUGCAAAAUAAAAAAUGUGGCAAAGCAACAUGGUCUGUAAUAUUUGAGGAUUCUGUGGAUAAAGACGUACUUUGUUCUCUGAAACCACUGAAGUCUCGUCCACCACCACCAUCUUUCAAAGUUGUGCAGCGAAAGCAACGGGUCGUUUGCCUCAUUCUUGAUGUCUCAGGAAGCAUGCAAGGAUUAAGAAUUCUUCAACUUCAACAGGCUGCCACACAUUUCCUGCGGAACAUCAUUGAGGAUCAAGCCAGUGUUGGAAUUGUACAGUUUAGUACUAAGGCUUCUACUCUGAGAAACUUGACUACUAUUGACAGUGACACCACAAGAGAGAAUCUUAUCAAAUUAUUGCCAAAAGUAGCAGAUGGAACAACAAACAUGUGCUUGGGCCUUAGUCAAGGCUUACAGAUACUUCGAGAGGACAAUGCGGACGCAUUAGGAGAUGAAAUCAUUUUUCUAACAGAUGGUCAGGCAACGGACAACAUUACUGAUUGUGUUCCAUCUGCAAUACAAAGUGGUGCCAUUAUACACACACUAGCUUUUGGUAACAAGGCAUCUCAUGCCCUGACAGAAAUGGCGAAGAAAACUGGGGGAAAAUUUUUAUCAACCAAUGAUAAGACCACAUCUAACCAGUUAAUGGAUGCAUUUGCUUCACUCACAUUAUCAACCGGAGAUUACACAAACGAACCAGUUCAGUUAGAGAGUAUUGGAGCAAGAACAUCUAAUUGGUUCAAUGGGACAGUAUCAGUGGAUCAGACUGUUGGGAACAAAACCAGCUUUGUAAUAAUCUAUGAAAUACGUUUUCCUAAUGUUUACAUACAGUCACCAAGUGGCUCAGUCUAUACUCAGACAAAUAUGAGUCAUGAUGUAUCACAGAAAACAGUGACUUUAAACAUUCCAGGAACUGCAGAGCAUUGGGACUGGAAGUUCAGUAUCCAAACUACAAUACUUCAGGCUUUGACUUUAACAGUAACUAGUCAAGCGGCACAAGCUGAUGUUCCUCCUAUCAUUGUCAAAACCCACAUGAACCAGCAGUUCAGUGACGGCACUAAACCCAUGAUAGUGUUUGCUGAGGUUAGUCAGAAUUACAGGCCUGUAAUAAAUGCUGAAGUGUUGUCUACACUGGAUUCAGAAAAUGGCUCCAUACAUCAAUUACAACUGCUGGACAAUGGAGCAGGAGCUGAUGCUUUUCAAGAUGAUGGAGUCUAUUCCAGAUAUUUCACACAGAUGGUAAAUGGGAGAAGCAGCUUGAAAGUAAGAGUAAAGAAUCAAGAUGGACAUACCAGAAUUGAUGUCCUAUACGUACAUGGAUGUGUGAUAAACGAGCAGCUGAACCCUCAAAAGCCUCCAGUUUCUGAUGAACCACUUGAGGUUGGAAACUUUACCAGAACAUCCACCGGAGAGAGUUUUGAGGUGAAAUUUUCAGGCACAGCUCCACCAAAUUUCCCUCCUAACAGAAUCACAGAUCUGAGUGCUGAGAUCCAGGAGGACACUGUGCUUCUCAACUGGACAGCUCCUGGUGAAGACCUCGACCAAGGGACAGCUAAAUCCUAUGAGAUCAGGUGGAGCUUUGAUCUUAAAAUGCUUCGAUUCAACUUCAGCAAUGGUUAUUCAGUCAACACAACUGCUGUCACACCUCAGAAGGCUGGAUCAGUUGAACAGCAUUCAUUCAAUCUCAAAAUCACAAUCCAAAAAGGCACCACACUCUUCUUUGCAGUUCAGACGAAGGACAAACAAAAUGCGAAAUCUGAAACCUCCAACAUUGCUCAAGCUUCAAAGAUCCUCCCUGCUCCAAUAUCUUCAGAAAUAUCAAACCCAGGCAUGAACUUGACAGUUCUUGUAAUUUCUCUGUGUGUGGUAUUUAUGCUCACUCUCUGGUCAAAUUGAUAUGGCACUAAUGAUCACAAACGAAGGUCAAAACAAUCUUUAUGCCUAAUUUGACAUAAUUUGUAUACAUACUGUAAGUAUGUACAUCCAUCAGCAUUAAAAAAUAAUAAAUUCCAUCAAACAGAAAUUCUUCUUUUUUUUUCUUUUUUUUUGCAGCAUGUGUAAUUUUGCACAAAUUAUUAAGAAGGAUUUCUGUUUUUAUCUAUCACGCAGGAUUCUGUGGACUGAAUAUAGUUUCAUAUUUAUUUAGUUUGGUGUACAAUUGUCCUCUGUAAUACAAAACAAAUCCUGAACUGUCUGUGCCUCAAUGAUUGAUUCUGCUUUCAAGCACCCCUGGUGGAAGACGACCAGUUUCUAAUUAGAAAACAGUAACCUUUGUUAAGUUUGCUGAGUUCUGCUCCUGCAUGUGGUUUAAUAACAUUACAUUGUGUCCAUGUUACCUGUAAUAUCUAGUGUUGAUUCUCAUAGUUCCUUUUUCUUUCUUUUCUUUUUCCUAAUAAAUA